GGUCACUCUACCGGGCACCCAGAUAUUAGCCCUUUCGGCAUAGGCUAUGAGCCAUAAGGCGCCGUAUGUACACCGUACCGCUACGAACCGUUACCGGGUCACGAGCCCGGUCUACAGCAUACGGAAGCCGUCACUUCUUUGCCACACACACGAGCCCGGUAUAAAAUGGGUCGGCAAAGGCAACCACACUUGUAUAGAACUGUCCAGAGAUAUAGAAGUCGGGGACCCGGUCUAGGAUCGUCCUACCCUAGACAAGGUGUGCAAGUCUACAGUGCGAACUCGGCCGUCCAGCAUUGUAACAGGUGCCAGCACAGAAACAAGCUCGCAAGCUGAGAAGGAUAACGUCAGCGACUGUGCUUGCAGGGGGCGGAACUGCCAAGCGCCAAGCCGCAAGCGCGGAGUGUUUUCAGGGCAGACUGACGGCCUUCCAUACUUGGGAGUUUACCCUUGUCGAAAGUACAUCAAGAUUCAGCGUGUCUGCGAUGCCCUCGCUUGUGAUUGCCACUUAACCGGUUUUCCAAGCUAUCAAUCGCUGCAAAGUUUCUUCAUUGUGGACAAAUCAGUCUUCUCUUUUGUGUGACUGCAGCUGUGACCAGCGGAGCUUCUGCUCAAUAGAAAAUGGCAAGAAGCCGGCCUUGUGGCAGGUCCAAGUCUGAUCACAGGGUCUGCCAGGCUGCUCGCUUUGCACACGCUGCAGAGUACAGGGAGCGCAUUUCAAUUAGUGCAGAAAGGCAAGAAAUUCUGAUAGAUGCUGUCAAUGCACGAAGCGAUGACAUCCCUGCCCCUCGCCGCCGGCGGUGUCAAAGGUCAAAGGAAUCGAAGCAUGAGGGGCAGCCUGCUCGAGAAGUUCCAGCACGCGGACGCUGCAGCGCUGCGGAUCAGAAAGCAAAGCGGCAGGACGUGCGGGUGCUCAGAGAAGCUGUGAAUUGCGCUGCGGAACGUGCAUGGGUUCAGGCUCGCGAGGAGAUGCUGCGGAAGGCGAACUCUUCCUGUCAUGAAUGCGAGCAGGAGAAGAAAGGGUUUGGAUCAUCUGCCCCUCCUUGGUCAUGGGCAGGGUCAGCAGCUAGGAACGAACCUCAAAGCAAGGGGGUUUGGGCCUCUGUACCCAUGAGCCAGGCGCUUAUAGCAACGCUUUUGAACAUUGGUGGUGUUGAACCAAACCCUGGACCUUCUCCCGAGGAGAUUGCGCGAGAUUGGCAGGAAGCGUAUCCAAAGAUCGACCCUCCCCUGCUGAGUUUCCUGGCAGAGAAGAUGACCACCUUGGAGAGUUGGAGAGAGUCCACAACCGAGCACCGCACCACCGCCUUGUACCUGUGGGCACGCCUGUACACAGGGCAAUGGUCAGGGAACUGGGAUUUGUUUCUCUUGGGGAUUCCGGCUGCUGCACGAGGGGGAGGGGGCGCAGGCGCGGGCCCUUCAGGGGAUGUGGCAAUGCCGGACGUCGAAUACAGGAGACCUGCUGGAAGGGGGCAGACCGGUGCAGAUGGGGGCCUGUCUGAGGACGCCAUUGAGCGGGACGUACUGCAGGGAGAUCACAGGCGGCGGAGCGACGAUGACCUCUGGGAUGAGAGAGUCGAUGAGGAAAUCCGCAACGUCUUGGAGCAUGCCUUCGUCUCACCAGAAGGAAACGGGCAGCCGCAACUUGACCUGAGGGCCCCACCCCCUAGCAACGCCUUCGCGAGGAGAGACGUGUCCACUGUGUACUUUCGGAACUCGCCAAGCCUGCUGCUCACAAACCUCCCUGGACGCAUCGAGCCUGGUCUUACGAAUGCACAGACGUUGCUGGCGGAGAACAAGCAGCUGCACGCGUCGGGGCAUGGCCAGGACCAGGUGCAGACGCGCGCGACCGCGCUCAUCGGGCCCUCAGGAGCCGGGAAGUCCCGCACGGCGCUCGAGGCAAGCUGCCACGAGUAUGGGUUUUACCUGAGCUUCUCGACGGAGAAGGAGCCCGGGACGAACAUCCUGCGGCAGGCCAUCGAUCGACUCCGUGAGACGCAUGGGCAGCGAUACGGGGCAGUCGAGGCUGACGGUUCCCGCCUGCGAGAGUUCCGUGACCAGCGGCUCCAUGACAUGAGGAAGUUCAUCUCCCGCAUCCUGCUGGCAUACGCGUUGGGCCUCCGCGAGUACCUGAGGCAGCACGAAGACAAAGCCAGCCCCAAGGGCUUCCUCCUAUUCCAGCUCAUCGGCAUCAGUGCACAGGAGGACUGGCUGCUGAAAACCUGGGGUUGCCUGCUGAGCCUGUCGCGGGAGGCGGUCGAGCAGAAGCUGCAAGCCACGAUGGGGGAGCUGCGAAGGCUGACUAAUCAGGACUUCUUCAACACCUUCUUGGACGAGGCGCAAGUCGGGACACGGGAACUGGACGGGUACUUCCCGAGCCGUGACAAGACGGAGGGGCGGCCGCUGCUGAACGGCUUGGUUCGGAGCCUGCAUCAUAGCAUCUUCGCGUACUUCCACUUCAACCUGACAGGCACGGGGCUCAGCCUCAGUCAUGCGCAGCAGCUCGAGACCGCCGUCGGCGAGAUGGGUGCAGCUCAGCUGGCGUCCUUCACCGACUUCACCCGCUUCACCAUGGACGGUGCGCUCCAGUACGCGCAGGAGUAUCUCCAGAGCCCCCCAGAAGGCGUCCGGGUGCACAUCCUCGGGGGGCGACCUCGAUUCGCCGCGCAGCUGGUGCAGGCGGUCCUCUUCGGGAAGUCCUGGGAGGAAGCGCUGCAGUUCGUGGAGAAUCUCCACACGAGACGGAACGUGCCGACGUCGCUCCUGAAGGGCCUGUACGAGAUGAAGCCAAAGCUGUCGGAUUACCUCUUCGCUCAGCUGGUGGAGGAGUUGCGGUGCUUAGUGCUGGGCUACUACCUCGUUGGAAAGGGGGUGUCCACGGACAAGGCGAACGUGGACAUGAUCGAAGUCGGGGUGUGCCACCUGGCUCACCUGGGGCGCCCGGGGGAGUGCACCAUGGUGACGCUGGUGGAGCCCCUCGCUGCAAUGGCGGUGACCAACUUCCUCGAAACAGAAGCCCACUGGCGCCUGGAGAACCAGGGGCUGGGACUGCUUCGGACGUCCCCUAGUGACGCGGCCAUGGGGGCCCUCUUCGAACGCAUUAUCCCCCAAGCGCAGCAGCGCUUCGUGACCAGGAGCUGUUUGGCGGAUCAUCCCCUGCUCGAAGGAUUAGUGGGUCUCCCCGACUGCUUCUACGGGCCCGCUCACGUGGAGUGCCUCCUCGGACAGGGUGGGAGGAGUUUCGAGCUUAGGAUCGAGGACGUCCCGCGCGUCGAGACGUGGAGGAAAGGGCGGGGGCUGAUUGAGUUCCUCGACGAGCCGGCUGGCGUUUCUGCGUUCUUUCCCGAGGAGGGAGCUGGACCCGAUAAUGCCUCGUUCCUGAGCAUCAGCGGUGAGCGGUGGCUUGCCAUCCUGCAAGCCAAGUGUCGGAAGAAGGUGCCAAACAAGGGACAUGCGCUGGGCACCCUCAACAUCCGGACCAUGUACAAAGGUGAUCCUGCGUCGGUGGCAGAAGGGAAGCGGAAGCAGCUGACGUCUCUCCUGAAGCAGAGGGGCGUGAAAGGCAUCUUGCGGGUUCUUCUAGCAUACCCGGCAGAUGUGAAGGCGGCCAGCUAUGCCCAGUCCACGCUGCGACGCUCGGACCGGCUCCAAGUACCGGAGGAGAACGAGUUCGAGGUAGUGCAGGUGUGCAUCUCAAAGUCGAAUGCAGGGCACUACCUAACGGACGCCGAGCGGCAUCAUCUGGACUGCCUCAAGGAUGUCUAGGGUGUUGGAGCAGUGCGAUGUGUAACUGCGCAAGGGGCUUGGCAGCAAUAGUGUUCGCUGCAAGCGCUGAAUAAGUUUCAAGAGGACGUUUGUUUGGUCAGCGGAUUCUUGAGUCUGGUGCCAAAGGCAUGCGAGCAUGAGGCGUAUACAUUGCGAUUUUUGUUAGACCAACGGGAGAAGCCUGCUUCAAUUUUAAUAAACCUGCCAUUGUAGCGCAUUAUGUGCAUGCAUACUGCGGCAUCCAAUACAAAGUCUACAAGGUUUCAUGAAACGUUGACGUUUGCAGCUCUAAUGUGCCGUGGU